UAUAGACAAGGGGACAAGUGAAUCAUCGCUUUUGGGCGCAGGCAGCCCUCUACCAUCCAUCCCAUUGCAUUCCAUCGUCUCGUAUUGCUUUACUAAGCCGUAUCAGACCAGUCACCUGGACCCGUCCGCUUUAGUUUCAUUCUAGUGACUUUCUUUUUCUCUCCUUUCAGUCGAGUUUCUUCGAACCGCCCCGUGGGAGUCGAGUUCUUCCUUACUCCGGACAGGUGAAUAUGGAAUGAAGCUACUCCGCAAAUUCUUUGCUCCUUAUAUUAUAAUUGCCACUAGAUCUUUUAGGUGAGAGAAAGGUUCAAAGAAGAUUUCCCUUUCAUCUUCUUCUUCAUUUUGAUAUUGAUAGGGAUCCCCAUUCAUUCCUAGAUUCCCGUCACUACGGAUUGAUUGUCCCUACCUAACUACAUGGUAGUGGUCUAGGGAGCGCAAUUGCUAGAGCACGGGAGAAUGAAUAGUAAUGAUUUCAGCAAGAGCAGCCGGACGGACUACUAUAGUGAGUCUAGUGACUACGUCAGUCGAGUUGAGUCAAAAGGUAUGGUAUAGCAGCCUUUCCGAGCGAGCCUCUGGGAUCUCCUGUAAACCCCCAUGAUGUGGUAAAGGGAGGAUAUUAGGGGAAGCAGUGAGUGGAGAUUCCCCUGCAGAGAGCCGGAUGAGGGGAGACCUUCACGUCCGGUUCGGAGGGCGGGGAUAUCCCGACCCUACUAUCAUUAUGCCUUUGCAAUCUUACUUGGUUUAACUCUAUUUGUGACCUUUUCUCGUAUGUGGGACUCUCUAUCUUCUUGGGUAGAUAAUCGAUCGUCUUUCAUUUUGAUAGUGAGUCGUUUUUCUCAUAAUAAGUAAAGAAGAAGAUCUGGAGGUUAUGCAAUAGACCGUGUUGGAGAGAAAGAGGAAGAAAGGGAACUUCAAGACUCAUAAGUGCUCUUUCAGUUUCAUUCUCUCUUUAGAGCUCCUCUAUUCAUUGAUUCCUUCUUCAUAUCAACUUCUUAGUUUCCCACUAGGCGGGAUCUCCGCGAAGCUGCAGGAUGGCUUGGUAAGCAAGCAAGCAGUUAUGUAGGCGCCAACUCCAAGUUCUUUCUCUUCUUUCUUUUUGAUUUGGACUUGGUUGGCAGGGUCAGGGCCUUUCUCGCUGGGCGAGCGCAUCCGAUUCUCAAGUCCUUUCCUAAACCACUUCCCGUUCAGUUGCUGAAAUCUCGAGAAAAGCUUGAUAAAUGAGAUGGAGUUCCACGAAUAUGCAGGCUAGAAAGAUGCUAUUUGCUGCUAUUCUAUCUAUUUGUGCAUUAAGUUCGAAGAAGAUCUCAAUCUAUAAUGAAGAAAUGAUAGUAGCGAGUUCAUUUAUAGGCUUUCUUAUAUUAAGUCGGAAGAAUUUAGGUAAGACUUUCAAAGCGACUUUCGACGGGAGAAUCCAGGCUAUUCAGGAAGAAUCGCAGCAAUUUCCCAAUCCUAACGAAGUAGUUCCGGAGGAAUCCAAUGAACAACAACGAUUACUUAGGAUCAGUUUGCGAAUUUGUGGCACCGUAGUCGAAUCAUUACCAAUGGCGCGCUAUGCGCCUAAGUGCGAAAAGACAGUGCAAGCUUUGUUAUGCCGAAACCUAAAUGUGAAGUCAGCAACACUUCCAAAUGCCACUUCUUCCCGUCGCAUCCGUCUUCAGGACGAUCUAGUCACAGGUUUUCACUUCUCAGUGAGUGAAAGAUUUGUCCCCGGGUGUACGUUGAAAGCUUCUAUAGUCGAACUCAUUCGAGAGGGCUUGGUGGUCUUAAGAAUGGUUCGGGUGGGGGGUUCUCUUAAGAAGAAAUCAGACAAAUAGAAUCUAAUUCAUUUCAUGCUAAGAGAAGAGCGAAUCCAAUACCAAGACGAA